GGAGCUGUUGGAAGUAAAUAGAAAUGGAUUGGCCUCCUCUUUGUAGCCGAAUCAUCGAUUCGGCGAAGAAGGCAUGACCCCGCAUCGAGGGAGUAACUUUUCGCAAUAUAAAGGGAGGGGGGUGGCCAGAAGAAGCAGCAGCGGUGGGUGAUCCCCGCAGUGGGAAGGAGGCAGAGUGGCGGGGGAAGGCCCCGAGCGGCCGUCCGGGGGCGAGAUCCGGGUGGGGCCCGGGCACCAGGCACGGCUGCCCGAACUGCGGCCCGCCCACGAGCCCCCCGGCAUGCCCCGCGAGGAGCUGCGCUGGACGCCCGGGGUUCCCGACUGCGACCUCAUGAUGUACCUCAGGGCCGCCAGGAGCAUGGCGGCAUUUGCGGGCAUGUGUGAUGGGGGCUCGGCGGAGGACGGGUGUUUGGCGGCCUCACGGGAUGACACGACCAUCAAUGCACUGGACCUGCUGCACGACAGCCAGUAUGACACGGGCCGCGCCCUGCAGGCUCUGGUCAAGAACCCCGUUCCCCGAGGCCUCGAUAAAAAGUGGACCGACGAGGACCAGAAACGCUUUGUCAAGGGCCUGAGGCAAUAUGGCAAAAACUUCUUCAAGAUACGCAAGGAGCUCCUCUCACAUAAGGAGACGGCUGACUUGGUGGAGUUCUACUACCUGUGGAAGAAGACCCCAGGCGCGGCGACUUCCCGGCCUCACCGGAGACACCGCAGGCAGAACGUGCUUCGGCGAAGCAGACCAUCAUCCCGACUGACCAAAGUGGCGCAGAAUGAAUUCGCGGACGCGAGUUCAGCAAGCGAAGAAGAGGAGUCUGCUGAUGAUUCUGAUUCCCGGGAAGUGCCGGCCUACAUGUGCCACAGCUGCCUUGCUACCAGUUCGAAGGAGUGGUUCCAGACGGGGAAGGAGGGUUCAGUGCUCUGCUGGGACUGCUGCCAGCAGAAGAAGGGCACCGAGGCGGUGAGGCCCCUCUCGGGCAGUGAUGGGGAUGGCUCCUCACCGUUCCUCUUCAAGCCUGUUGAUGGAGAUGCACUCAACGGCAAGCACGUGAUGCGUACCCGCCGAAACAAAGAGAACCAGAACCACAUGAAAGGCCGAAGUAAACACGGCGGCAACAAUGGGGGUGACGGAGCAAGCCCAGAAAUCAUGGAUGGAGCGCUCACUGCCAACAACCGCACCACGCUCGGAGGCCGCAAGUCACCCGCUGCCAGUGCAGCCGAGAAAGACAAGAAAAAAAAGACCAAUCCCGAUACUCCGACGAAAGGCAAAAAGCGAGGCCGGGACGACGCUGCCCCUGCAUCCAAUGCACUCCCCACGACGCCGACGACGCCGACGACGCCAACAACGCCAAGCGUCUCCCCAGUGGAGGACUCUGCAGAAGCGGCGGCAGCCCCUGCUGUUGCGACCGCACCAUCUCCAGUAAAUGAGGAGGACGAUAGAACGGCAGCGAGCUCAGCUGCCAAGAAGAAAAAGAGCGAGGCAGCCGAGAGCCCCGUUGACUCACCAGGGGGAGCCGAGGGCCUUUCGAGCCGGAGCAGCAGUGUCGGUGGCGGUGCUGCCUCCAAUGAAGAGAAUGCCCCGGAAGAACCUGAGGCGACGUCGGUUAGCCCUCCCAGCGUGUCACCGUCUCCAGUUGUGGCCCCCAUCCCGGCAGCAGUGCCGCCAGUGACAAAUGUGGCUGAAGAGCCCUCGCAGGCCGCAUCAAUGCCGCUGCGGCUACCCUCGCCAGUGGAAGAGGAGCGGCCAAACUCUCGGCCAAGCUCUCAGCAGCCCGAGCCUAGCCCUGUAGCAAAUGAUGGACCACCGAAGGAAGCACGGUGUAGCCCAGCAGUUACAGAAGAUGCACCUGUUGCCCUCCCCAUUUCACGACCACUAUGUCCUUCGCCUGUCUCUUUGGUGAUGCCAGGCAUGCCGAGCCAAGUACCACACCUGGAGCGCUCUCCACAGUUACUUCUGCCUCGCAUAUCAUCGCCCGUGCCACCACCGGCACAUCAGCUGAUCGGCAGGGGGGUGCCAACACCUCCAACGCAAACUCUGGCGCCAUCGCCGAAGUUGAUGAUGUCUGAGGAUAAGUUUGAUCAGUUGCUUCCUCAGGCACCACCCACCCUCUCGCUACCAGACCCGAGAGUGAAGUCACCAGCAGCACCACCUGAUGCCAUGCCAUUGUCCCUGAUCAAGAUGGAAGUGGAAGAGUCCAAGCCCCUUCGGCUGGUGUCAUCCCCAUUGUCACGUGGUCGCCCAACUCCCCCACUGCCCUUGCCGGGAGGCAUCAACCCAUCCCUGGCAGCUCUGUCGGCCAUGCCUCCACCCCCUGUGGAGCCCCUGCUCCCGUCGGGCAUGAUGCCCCCCACUAUCAAGAGCCAUCUUGUGCGCAUCAAAGAAGAAAUGAGCGGACCGCCCACGCUCCUCAUGGAAGGGCCCCCCAGGGGUUAUCCCCCUAAUAGCAGCAGCGGGGUCGGUUCACUUCCACCGGAAGCCACACAGUCAUUGGCUGCUAAUAGUUCACCGCUGGGGGCGCCCAGGGGCCUGUCUCCCCUGGCGCCCCUUCCCCCCUCAUCCUCCUCCUGCUUGCCAGCAUCUUCUCUGGCGGCCGCUGGUGCCUCGGCUCCCCCUCGGUCCUCGCCGUGCUCUGUGCCCGGAGCCCCCGUGGACUACCCGGGCCCGCCCCCGCACCAUGUCAAAACCGAGCCCCCACCCUCUCCCCCGAAAGAACGCGUGAGUGCCCCUUCCUCCCCUCACCACAUGCCCUCCUUUUCUCAUUCUUCCUCACCAUCACAUGUGAAGCCGGUUCCUUGCUCUGUUCCCAUGCCAACAACCCCAACCUCCACGCCCGCCUCCUCAGCCUCCGGCCACCACUACCCCUUUUCACCCCCCCUCUUUGCCACUUCCUCGGUGGCCGUGUCAACUUCUGCCUCUCCUUUGGGUGGUGGAUACCCGAGCCCGUUGGUCACUGUGGCUCGGCAGCACCCGGGGAAUGUACCUCCUUCCGGUGCACCACCACAAAUGCAUCCGGGGUUCCCAUACUCACCCUACUUCAGUCCCCAGCUUUACUCCCCACACCUGCACUUUCCUCAGACGCAUCCACAGUUUGUCCCUCCUCCCGCACCUCCGCCGCCAGCCCAUCAGGCAACGGCGCCGCAGCACCACUCCAAGACUCCUCCCUCGCGUGCCCCCGUGUCCAUGCCUCUCCCCCCUCAGCUUCCGCUGGACAGUGGUGGCGGGGGAAGCGGGCACCGGGUGGCCCCACCUUCCCACCACGGGGGCUCUGGUGGCCACCACAGUGGUGGGCUGUCGUCGCAUCACGGCAGCAGCUCCCACCAUGGUGGCCCCGUUCACCACGUUGUGCCCGAAGAGGAGGAGGAAGAGCCCGAGGCCCAGCAGCUGGUGAGGGGACCCAGCCCCGAGCCCAAGGUUGAAGACAGCGAAUGCCACCGCAGCCAGUCCGCCAUCUUUCUGCGGCACUGGAGUCGAGGCGAAUUCAACUCUUGCGCUCGCACGGACUUGACCUUCAAGCCCGUUCCUGAUUCGAAGCUGGCGAGAAAAAGGGAGGAGAGGGCACGCAAGGCAGCCGAGAAAGAAAGGGAGGAAGCCAAGCAACGGCUCAGCUCCUUGGAACACAGGAGCGGGGCAUCCGAGAACAAAGCGGGCCCCAGUGGCCACCCAUGCGACUUCCCCCCUGGUGCAAACCCCUACCGGGCAGCACCCCAGCGCGGUGCCGCGACCAACCCGUAUGCGGCAGCGGCAGCAGCAGCAGCCGCAGCAGACACCCCCGCCCUGCGGCAGCUGAGCGAGUAUGCCCGACCACACGCAGGCUUCUCCCCCAGUGGGUACCCGUCACCCCGGUCCCAUCCAGCGGCCGCUGCAGCAGCUGCGGCUGCCGCCGCCAUGGACCCCAUGAUGCUACACUACCAACUGGGCAUGUAUGCUGCAGCAGCUGCUGCCUCGAGAGAGAACAGUCUGCGUUUGGACCUGGAGAUGGAGAAACGCGAGCUGCAGGACAAGCUAAAGGCCGAGCUGGAGCUCAAGUCACGGCUCCCCCAGGCAUACGACCCGCACUGGCUGGAGCUGCAGCGGAGGUACGCGGCUGCGGCGGGGCUGGGGGCGGCCGGGGGCGCACUGGGGGCCGCUGCGGCGGGCAUGUCCCCCUUUGCGAUCUAUGGAGACCAACGAGAACGGUUGGGCUUGCCCCCCGACGACCGGCUCCACCCGGCCGCCGACCGCCUCGCCCUCGCUGCCGCCGAUCCCCUGCUGAGGUUGCAGAUGGCAGGUGAGCUCCACGUCCCCCCGACGCAUGCGCACGCCCACACACACCUGCACCUGCACCCCCCUCAUCAUGACCCGCUCUCGGCAGCAGCAGUGGCCAUGGCGAUGCCCCCCGGCGGGGAGCCCCCUCCCUCGGCCGGGCCGUACGUGACUGGCUACCCGUCUGGUGGGCCAGGCUCGGCGCCCCCCGGGGGUGGCGGUGGUCCUCCACGAGGCGCGCCGCACGGGCCCCCGCCAGGUGGCCCGCGGCCCCAGGACCUGAUGCACCCUGCUGCUGCUGCACUCAUGCGUUCUUCCUACGAGGAGCAGCUCGCGCAUCAGAUCAAUGCAGCCCAAGUGGCGGCCGCCCAGCAGCAGCAAGAGCAGCUGCAGAGGCAGUUCCUGCUCGAACGAGAGCGACUGGCCCACCUGAGUGCCCUGGGGGCAGCUCACGCGGCCUCGGCCCACCAGGCCUCAGCCGCGCAGCUGCUGCCCCAGCAUGAGGAGUUCCUACGGUGGCGCCCCACAGUCCCAAGGCAAGACUUGUCCAGUGACUGUAGUGCCACGGCUCGUCGCUGCAGCCAACAGCAGCAGCGGGAGCGGGAGCUGAAGCUCAGGACACUGGAGGAGGCUGCCCGCGGUGGCCGGCCGCCCAUCAACUGAGGAGGCGGGGCAGAUGCCGUCAACAGCGCGGCCGCCACUGCCGACGCAAUGGUUCCUGCGAACUUUCCCCCUAUCUGGUGGCGGUGUUCUCACCUGGCUCGACCCGCCAUCACUGCCGCCACCGCAGCAGCUGCAGAGGCUGGCACGGGAAAUGCAAUCGCCGUGACGACCGUCACCGGGCCACUCUUCCACCCCAUAACUUCUCUCUCUCCACCGAAUACAAGGAUUUUACGACCUAAGCUUAAGAGAGAAAUGCACAAGGUGUGGCUUUGUUCAAGUUGGUCUUGUAUUGUGGUAAACCAGCCCAUAUUAACAUGAUAUAGGGUGGAGAAAGUCAUCAAACAAGUUAUGGGCUCCCAGCUUAAAUUUAUGGACACCCGCCACGGUCGCUUAGUGGCUAUGGUGUUGGGCUGCUAAGCACGAGGUCGCGGGAUCACAUCCCGGCUAUGGCGGCCACAUUUCUAUAGGGGCAAAAUGCGGAAACACUCGCAUACUUAGAUUUAGGUGCACAUUAAAGAACCCCAGGUGGUCCAAAUUGGUGGUCUGGAGUCCCCUACUACGGCGUGCCUCAUAAUCAGAUCGUGGUUUUGGCAUGUAAAACCCCAUAAUUUAAUUAUUGUUAAAUUUAUGGAUAAUCAAGCACACUUAAUGCAAUGGGGUACAGCUGGAUAAUAUCUCUAGUUACUCGGGCACAUUUUCCUGCGUGAUGUGUUUACCGCAACGGGAGCUUCACCUAACAAGGGAAGUCUCUCAGAGUACUUGGUACAGGCAACUGAAUUGCUUUUAACGAUUGCAGUGCUGUUAGCCCUACACCCAUCGUGGUAGCUCAGUGGCUAGCUGCUGCGCACCCAGCUGCAGCAGUGUGUGUGCUUGGACAGCCAGGGAGCACUAGAGUAUCGGAGGAGCAUAGUAGUUUAAAUCAAAAUGCUACAAAACGACCUUUACACACAAAUGUCAUGAAGGAAGUGGGACUUUCAGACCCCCAAACAAUUCAGCGACCUCGAGAUAGGGAACAAAAACGCCUAGCUCACACCACACAGAUAACCGUCGACUCAAGCUGCUGGUUCUUGCUAUAAUGAGCUUCUCUGCUGUUGCAGUUCACUACGUAGUGAUUUUUUUUUUUCCAUUGGAAUAAUGAUUUGAUUGGGUUUAACAUGACAAGGGAUGUGCCGUACCAAAGAUAUUACAAAAAGGUUUUGCUUUAUACAUAGCACUAGUCGGCACCUUCUUGUGCUCUCCAAGUCAAUAUGCACUGGUUUACCACGGUUGAGAGAGAAGUGUGUGACAAGGUGUAAAGGGGGCACAUCUUAAAACCUCCUCGACGGUGGCCCAGUGUGUGUUUGCAAACUGCAGCUGCUGCUGCUACAACGAUCUUCAACCCCCCCUUCCCUUUGCGAUGGCAUUUUUCAAUCUUCUGCACCCCACCCCUCACGAGGACAAAAUGAGGUUGUGUCAUCCUGGCCUGCAGCGUGUCUUUGAAUCUGAUCACUCUGGCAAGGACUUGUGUUUCUUUGUGACAGAGGCAAGUUGAGUCAUUCCUCGAAACCCAAAAGGAUAAAAAGGUGGUGCGUUUAUUUCUUGUUUAUUCUCAUAAAGUUAUUUUCUACAUGUAUGUACACAAACAGAGAUGUGUUAUAUAUUAUAUAUAUGUGCAUGUGUGUGUGCACGUACACACUUUUCAUUGACAAUUGUUUUCCUGUUCUGAAAAAAAAAAAAAAAAAAUACCUUUGGCUCUCUUUCAUGUGUAGGUACUGAACUUGUCCUGUAAAGUGUUUAUUCUGCCCUUUUGCAAGCAUUACCUUUUAAUAUUUUUAAGUACGUAAGUAUCAAGUUUGUUUUUAUGUGAAAACGGCAGUCGGCACAGCACCUCAUUUUGCAGAGGUUGUUUGUAUUUUUUUUUUUUUUUUUUUGUGGACACUUUGCAUGUAGAGGUUUUUUACUAGUCAAGAAAGAGAACCUGCCUUUCCUUUCUCGCAAGGCUACAAGAUGCUCUGGCCCCACAUUGCGGCAUUUUAUUAUUCCUCCUGCAAACUUGUUGUGCCGCCAGUUGUUGUGAACAGUUUUAUUAUUCACCUCGCCCAGUGUUAGUUAGGACCACAGAUGUUUUUUUAAGUUUUCACAUCAUGCAAUGGCUCCCCUCCCCAACCUCGUGUUCCUUCUCCUGUUAAUGUGGUAGCCUUCGCUCCGUACUGAAUGAGCUGGUGGAAAGGGCUCGCAAGUGAGCAGUGUGGUAUAAUAGGUCAUUUAAAAUAAGGUUUUCUUUUCUUUUUUUUUUUUUUUUUUUUGGCUUGUAUGUGUGUGCCUGUUCAGAUGUGCUUAUUUUGUAUUUGUGCAAAAGCAAUUCUUCUGGUGCCAUGUAUGUGUGUGUGUGUGUUCUUGCAAGAUUUUGGAGGAAGCCCGACUAGUGGCUGGCUGAUUUUUAAAAAAAUACAAUUUUUUUAUAGCUUUGUAAAAUACGGUUGGUUGAAUGUGGCAAAUCAGUUUGGCGGAAGACCUUAAGCUGCAGAAGGGUUCUUGGAAGGGCAAAAUUUUCAUCCACGUGACUGUCGCACAAUGCUAUAAAGAAAGCCCGUAAGAGUUCCUUAGAAAGAAAGCUUCACCCUGGUCUAUGGAUUGAACCCGGGACCAACGCCUUUUCAUGGCAUUUACCAUCUACAACCGGGAGGCUAGCAUUUGCAAAGUGAGGCCGAAUUGAUUGACGAUUCGAAGCACAGGGACAUUGGAUAUGGCAAAUCAGCAAAGGUGGGGACAGGUUCACGAAGCGUAAAAAUUGUCAUCCAUCCGGCUGAAGCACUUCGCUAUGAAGGAAACCCAUAUUGACUUUGCAGUGAAAGUUCCCUGGACCAGUAAUGAAUCAUUGUUCAGCCAUGAAGCUUUCUUUCCGAGAAAUCCGUAUGCGUUCCUUUUGUAGUUUCGUGCUACAGUCGGGUGGAUGACAAUUUUCUUUCACGGUCAUUUGAGUCUGCGUUAAUAAUUUUAGGCAGAAUGCCUGGCUUUGAGGCGAUCAGCGCUGUUAGUGUGCGAAUGUUGUUCAAUGUGUCUGAAGUGGCAGACAGCGCACACUGGAUUCUAUCCACAGACAAGGAAAAACGUGCGCCAUUUUCAAUUUGGUGGCAAGGGGGUGUUGGUGGCAACUGACCUUUUAAAAGGGCCUUAUUGUGCUGUUUUCGUGUUUAACGUGACAUUUUUAGGAUGGUAGUAUUUUUACGCUUAAAAGAAAAGGGAUAAAUUAAUAUCCACAUUUUGAUUACUUUAUUUUUUAUUUAUUUCUUCGCAAGUUUCAUGGGCCAGCCACGCAUUGUUCAUGUAACAUAGUUAUGAGGUAGUGUUCCCUGUACAUACUAGCCAACUUGCAAGAGGAAAGAAAGGAAAGAAAAUGCAACUUUUCACUGUACCAGUGGGUGGUCUGUCAAGUCGUUUGUUUUGUCUCUUCUUUUCUUUAUAUAUAUAUAUAUAUAUAUAAAAAUUGCUAGAUGGAUAUUUCUCUGGCAUCUGCAACAUGUGCAGGCUUUUGUUGUCAUGUAGUGCGCGCCAACCUGUGUCGCGCAUAUCACUAGGAAUGCAAUUGUAUGCAACUGUGGGUGUUCCCCCAACGAAUGCACUUUUAAAAAAACACAACUUCGCAAAACUUUUUAAACAAAAGUUAGUGCAAAGACAGGCUACCCCAUCACCAACUACUACGACCGCUACUACAACUACUACAAGAACAAUGCAAAAAAAAAAAGUCAUCAACCGCCACAGUACAAGAGCAAAAAAAAAAAGGCUUUCCUCAUUGCAGACCUCCCGAGCUUUAGAAGCGGGAGAGCCGGGAAGCGAACACACAAAGAUACGAACUGCAUCUGUACAGACUGUCCCAUCCCUCACAAUUCAUUUUUUUUGUCGUCGCCCAUCGCCUUAAUCGAAGAGGCAACAAGUGGGCAGUUUCAGAAAAAAAAUGUGGCAAGGUCAGUCACCGACCGGCACGUGCAAUGCCACGUAACUUCAGCAAAAUGUUUUUUGUGUAAAUAAAUGAUGAAUGUGCUCAUUCAGACAUGCGCACCUUCCCCAAAAUAUGUCACUUUCCUCCGAGAACUCUCCCUUUGGAGUUGAGGUUUGCUUUCCCCCCCUUUUUUUUGUUUCCAAGCAUCUUUUCCAAGUUGCCCAGCUGCCUCCGUAGUGCCUGCAAAUGCUUUCAUUGUUUGUGUAUUUAUUGCCAAUCGAUGUAAAUAACUGUGGCCGUGUCCCCUUGCCUUUCUUCCUCCGCGAGCGUUGUCAGUGGGGCUGCCAAAAUCUCAACUCAGUCGCACCAAAUAAGACUCUUCUAGUACAAGCUGGGCACAGUUCUCCUCACCCCUGCGAUUCUCUUGCAUAUUCCUUGUGGGGUGCGCUGGCAAGGGGCUUGACUGUUUCCAUGUCGCUCUGUCAGUGGCGGCUUCCAGCCCGGUGGGACGGGCCAGCCGUUAAAAAAAAAAAAAUAGCUGUAUUCCUGCACUUUCUUUUUUUUCCUUGUUCGUGCAUUGUCUAUACAGGUGCCUUCUAAAACAAAUGCAGCAUUGCUUUUCCUUUUCUACAUCUUAUUUACACCUCAACGAGCACUGAGAUGCAGCUCCUUGUAGGUUGCAUUUCCUCGGCAUUGAAAACGACCUUGCCCAAGGGUUUCCCCCCACCCAUUACUUUUGCAAGUGCCUCCUGGGCCACAGGACUAAAGAAAAAGAUGCAGCCAGCAAGGAGGAAGUCUCUUCUCGUCUCAUACUUAAAUGUUGUCCCGUCCCACCUCGCAAAUUUCUGUUCCGAGGCCAUCCCAGCCAGUGUUGUCCCAGCCUUGCUGCUCCCUAUGGUGUACAUUUUGUGAAGUGCGCGAGGCGACUGUAAUUUUAUAUCUACUUGGGCACCUGGAAGAGUUUGUGUAAAACUUGUGUAUCGCAGACAAUAAAUAUUCAUUACUUCUUCCCCUAAAA